GAACGAAAACUUAACCUAAUAGAAAAGUGAAACCACAAACCUGCCAAUAGCAGAAUCUUUAGAGAAAUGACGCGAAACUCCUGCCUUAAAGCCCUAAAUGGCGGCUUCAAUAUCAGCCCCACUGAGCAUGAAAUUCAUUUACUUAAAUAAAAUCUGAAUCUCAGCCCAAACCUGGGAGAUUCAAAACCUGAGAGCGGUCUUACCAAAGACGCCCGUAUGUCUGGUGAAGUCAGUUGGAUGCAAGCAGUUUGUGCUGGUACCAGGGCCCCAGCUACUGAUGAAGUGGCAGGAGUCCACGGAAGCCUACUUCGAAGUUCCCGGGGCUUCCAGGGGAGAUUGACGAGAUUCCUGGGGAGGCGAUUCAUGACAGCUGAGUUCCUUUUGGAGGAUCCGUCUUCAGGCAGUCUGAUCCCCCAGGAAAGCAGCUGGAAAACAAGAGCAUGUGAAGGAAGCGCGGCAGCUCCUCGCCAGCCAGCCAGCCAGCCCCGCACCACAGGAGUCGACAUGCACGGCAGCCUAGACGCCAUCAGUUAAACUUAUAUGUAGGCUUGUUGAGGAAAACGACUUUCAAACACAAGGCAAAAGAAAAACAUGAAACCAAGGGUUCCAACAUUCAUCACCCAGUUUCAGAGACACCCUUGUAGGAAUGCUACAGCCUCUUUCUUACCCAUUCAAACCAGUCGCUCUGCUGCAUACCCACAUCACAGGAGGCCCUCAGCCCCGACACACAGGCUCACUCAGCCCAGACACACAGGCUCACUCAGCCCAGGGACAUCAGCACCUGUGCCAGCUCCGCAAGGUAUCCACCACGUGGCCAGAACUGAGGCCCAGCAAUAGCUGAAAUGUCCUUUAAAUUAACAUGUACAACACACAACCCCCAAGAGCUGACAUCCCCAAAGCCCCACCACAAAUAGCUGACUCCUACUUAUACCUGCAGGAGCAGGUACUGACCUCUGCAAUUCUAAACCGUCCACUUUGGGCAAAAUUCAUCAAGCUAUGGAUAUGAAAAAAGGCCCCCAAGACAGAGUUUCGCUCUUGUUGCCCAGGCUGUAGUACAAUGGCGCGAUAUUGGCUCACUGCAACCCCUGCCUCCCAGGUUCAAGUGAUUCUCCUGCCUCACCAAGUAGCUGUGAUUACAGGAUAUGAUUCAUAGUCCAGCGUUUGAGUGAGCACUCCAGUCAGAACGAACUCUGCAUUGUGAACAUCUGAACAGGGUGGAAACAGACACUUGUUAGAGAUCCACUGCUGUGCGUGCACACAUACUCACACAGGGCAAUGACGGACUCGCUGGCGGACUCCACUCUACCCACCGAGUUCUGCUUGUGCUCCAUGAGCUUCCGGAAAGAUGGCUGCUUGGAUAACACCUUUCCUCCUGCACACUCUACAAUUGCCUUCAUAGUGGAAAGACUUGGGCAGAUUCCAGGUGUGAUGUAAAAAUAUUUUGCCUAAAAUUAAAUGAAAAUAUAUGUAUUAUGUUCUUAAAAUGCUUUAAUUUUUAGAGUACAUAAUUUUCAUAGAUUCUGCCCUGAGAUUUUUGACAAAAUUUCAAAUUUUAUGACAUUAUGAAGGUACUAUUCUCCUACUAGCACUCAAUCUGAAGUGGAAGAGGAAUCUAGCUAUGUAAAUUUGGAAUGUAAGCAUUUUCACAUGUUAAGUAUACCUGAAGAUGAUUUAAAGUAACCAGAACUUAAGUCCCUAAAACAAAGUGUUUUGUGAAUAAGCAAGAAUAUUACAAAUAUUUUUCACAAUUUCUAUACAAUUUUAAAUCAGCAUUAUAUUUCACCACACUUAUCUGCCCAGCAACAGCCUCUGGCAUAGCAUGCUGCCUGGCUUAUAUCCCUUUUCUUUAUUUUCUCCAUAUUAUUUGAACUCAGAGCAGGAAAUGAUAUUGAUGCUUAAGAUUUAAUUAUCUAACAAGAUUGCUCCUGAGGAUACCACAAAAUACUAUUCUGUCUGAAACUGCAAAUAAUUUCUAAUUCCUGUUGACUCCUUAAGAAGGUUAAAGAACCGAUUAUCUUUAUUGAUUUACUUAGUUCUUUGGUACAAAAAAAAUUCCUAGCUGUUCUAACACUUAUCUAACAUUUAAAAAUCUUUUAGUACUGAAUUAUGUCUAUGCACACACUGAAUAUUUUCCCAAGUAUCUUCUCCAGCUGAAUAUACAUUUACUGACAAUAGUACGAAGUAAGCAAUGCCCUCUAAAGAUUUAUUAAAAGCAGAAAAAUGAACAUGCCUCUUAACCAAUUACUCAAAAA